AUGGCUGCCCCUCAACCAGCGACGCUUGCCCUUGACGGCAGCGACCCUCGCAAGCCUUUGUUCCAGGUCGACAAUAUCACAACCGAUGCUGCACGCGUCGAAUACGCCAAGGGGAGGCCAGUCAGUUUCGAAGAGUACAUGUACCAUGCCGCAAUCACUCGUGCCGAGGAGCAAGAGGCCAAUGCUCGUUUCAUCGCUGCUCGGGGCCCGAGGACGCUCAAGAACAUCAUCAAGGGGAGGUUUACGAGGACGAAAGACCCACAAGUGCCUUCUGGUGAAGUGGCUGGCUCGCUGUCAGAAGGGAAUACUGGAGAGAAGGGCGGCUAUGUCCAGAACGACAGCAUGUCUCGGUAUGGAGUCACUCCGGAUCAACGAAAUACCGUCAGUCGAGCUGUCAGAACUGCUAGCUGGGGAACCAUCUUCUAUCUGAUUACGACUGAUAUUCUGGGGCCGAUGGGUGCACCUUGGGCGUUUGCGCAGUUGGGGUACGGGCCGGGUGUGGCGCUAUACACCGUCUUCGGCGUGAUGAGUUACUAUUCCGGCUGGAUUCUGUGGAAAGUCUUCCUCGCUCUGGACUCGGACAAGUUCCCACUCAGGGGGUACGGCGACUUUUUCUUCAGGAUGUUUGGACCGUGGGCGAGGCACUUUGUCAACCUUGCACAGUCUGUUCAGCUGCUGCUCACCGUGUCGCUCUUGAUCAUCAGCAACGGCCAGAGUAUCUCGCAGAUCAGCCGUGGGACAGCAGGAGGUUCCAAGGGGCUUUGUUUUGUGGCUUGUCUGGUCAUUUUCAUGGCAGCAGGCUUGAUAUUGGGCCAGAUCAGAACCCUCCAACGACUGGGAUGGCUCGCUAACCUCUGCGUGUGGCUGACCGUCGCCACGGUAUUGCUAGUCAUGGGGUCUGUUGGGCACGGACCAAAUUACGCAGCUGUGGAGGCGAGCUUCGGGUUUCCACAAGACAUGCCCAUAAAGAGAUUUGCAGGAACGCCGCCUCCGGGACUGGCCUCGGGGGGCUCGGGCUUCGUCGGGUCGUUGAACGGGCUGAACGUCGCCGUAUACGCGUAUGGAGGCGCCAUGUUGUAUGCCGCCCUGCUUGCGGAGAUGAGGCAUCCCAUGGACUUUUGGAAGAGUCUACUGAUUGCCGAGAUCUUCAUAUACACAGCUUACGUGUUCUUCGGCAUCUUCGUAUACUCAUACGAAGGCCAGUAUUCGUACAACCCAGCGGUCCAAGGCAUUCCGGUAUACGGCAUUCAGACCGCCGGAAAUAUCUUGAGCAUUAUCUCCAACCUCAUCGCAGCCGUGCUAUACAGCAAUAUCGGCCUGAAGGUUGUGUAUAUCGAAGUAUUCCAUGAAAAUUUCGGGUUCCCGCACCUAACGACCAAGAUGGGUAAGAUCUGGUGGUCGGCAUUGGUUCCAGUCUACUGGGCCCUGGCGUUCGUUGUGGGAGCAGCUGUACCGCAGUUCUCCUACAUUGUCGGCUUGGUGGGAGCCCUGUUCAUCCUCUCAUUCACGUACACGUUCCCUGCUUGGCUGGCGGUAGGGUUCUGGAUCAAGAAAGAUGCGAUGAUUGAAGGCGAGGAACGGUUCGACCCGGCGACGAACACGUACAACUACGUCGAUCAGGGCUGGAAGCGAUGGAGGCGGGGGUUCAUGAAGAAGCCGUUCUUCAACACAUUCAACAUUGUCUACUUCUUCGGGGCCUUGGUGACGUGUGGGCUGGGCUGCUACAGCAGUAUCGUAAGUUUGCGCCAGGCUUUCGAGAGCAACAUUGCGACUAGCCUAUCCUGCACGCCGCCCCUAUAG